AGUGACGUAUCAGUGCCGCGCCGGGUCUCGUCUCCGCGUGUGUAUCUUGUUGUGGUGGAUGCAACAUGGCGGCUCCUCUGGAGGUGAUCGUGAGCAGCGACUCCGCAGCGCAGAUGUGGAACAGCACCGUGUUCGACCUGCACAGCGGCUCGAGCCUGCUGUCGUACCGGGGCGGGAACAGCACGGCCCGGACCCUCACCGUGCUCCGCGGGGAGUACCUGCUGUCCGCGCAGCUGGGCAAGAACUUCAUCAACGUGUGGGAGAUCCAGCGGAAGGACCAGCUGCAGCAGAAGCUGAUGUGUCCAGGUGUAGUUACCUGUCUCUCUGCGUCUCCUAACGGACUCUUCCUCGCCGCCGGAGUCGCCGAGGCCGUUUACCUGUGGGAGGUGUCGACGGGGAAGCUGCUGUCCGUCCUCAGUCGUCACUAUCAGGACGUCACGUGUCUGAAGUUCACAGACGACGGCAGCCAUUUUGUUUCUGGAGGAAAAGAUAACCUGGCUCUGGUGUGGAGUCUGGCCAGUGUGAUCCAGCUGGAUUUAAGCCACACCCCCGAGCCGCGUCAUGUCCUGUCUCGUCACUCUCUACCAAUCACAGACCUGCACUGCGGCAUGAUGGGAGCUCAGGCCAGAGUCGCCACGGCCUCCUUAGACCAAACCGUCAAGGUUUUGGGAGUUGUCUUCUGUGAGUUGCUGCUGUCUGUCCUGUUUGACGUGGAGAUCAUGUCUGUGACGUUUGACCCCUGCGAGUACUUCCUGUUCUGUGGAGGAAGUGACGGAAACAUCUUCCGGUGUCUCUGUGCAGUCAGUGCCUCCUGUGUUCAGGCUUUAAAUGAUCUGAACCAAUCACAGGCCACUCCAGAUUGGCUAGGGAAGGGGGAAGGAGGGGGCGGUCAUAGAGAGAGCUGUUAG